UUUUAAGGAGCAAACGUGCUUCCACACGACAGUUGGAGUGGGGAGAGGGAGAAAAAAUACGUCCCCGCAGCUUAAUUUGUUUACUCCUCCCAGAAAUUAGGUAGAGUCGGGUUUUCUUCCCCCGAGGCUGUGUGGAAACCCAGUGGGGUUGGCAUAUCCUCUCCGUCCAGUACAGGCAAGAUCCCGGGCUGGAGUUGAGAGCUGAGAGCUGUGAUUGGUGAUUUUUUGAAAAGGCAAGCAUAACCCGACUGGAUUGGUUCUGGACUCCCCCAGACCCCCCUGUUACUUCACAGCAGUCUGGAGACCUGCCCACCAAUCACAGGGCUCCUUACUGGAAAAAACAACUGCUGGAGCGUGCUGGGAGUCCCUAGCAACACCCUGAGAAUUUUGAAUCUGACAGGGAAGGAGUGUGCAGUCAGCCGAUGGUGGAGGAGAGCAGCGUCUAUGCCUCAGGAAGAGGAGCCUCUCAACAUGGAUCCUCCAGCCCCGGAAGAGCCCUUAGAGGAGCAAACCAAAAAACUAGAAAAGCAGGAAGAGGAGAUGGACUUUAAGGAACUGGAUGGUCUCAGGGACGCUUUGGCAAACCUCCGGGGUCUGUCCGAGGAGGAGAAGAGCGAGAAGGCGAUGCUUUGCUCCCGCAUCCAAGAGCAGUCCCAGCUCAUCUGCAUCCUGAAGCGGAGGUCAGACGAGGCCCUGGAGCGCUGCCAGAUCCUGGAGCUGCUCAACACAGAGCUGGAGGAGAAGAUGGUGCUGGAGGCUGAGAAGCUGAAGGCCAAGAGCGCGCACGCCCAGCAGCUGGAGGAACGCUUUAUGACCUUGGCAGCCAACCACGAGUUGAUGAUCCGCUUCAAGGACGAACACAAGAGUCAGAACGUGAAGCUCAGGGAGGAGAAUGAGAAGCUGAGGCUGGAGAACAGCAACCUCUUCAGCCAGGCUCUGAAGGACCAGGAGGCCAAAGUGUCGCAGCUCACCGCGCGGAGCGAGGCCCUGUCCAAGGACCUGGAGACGGUGAAACAGAGAUGCGCUCAGGAGGCCCACCAGGCGCAAACCAGAGAGAAGGAGCUGCUGGAGCUGCAGAGCCAGCGGGCCGGCGCCCACACCAAGGAGGUGGAGCAGCUGCGCAGCCAGCUGCAGAGCCUCAAGCAGAAGCACCGGCAGGCUGUGGAGCAGCUGGCCAAGGCCGAGCAGGCGCACGGCAGCCUGAACCAGGAGCUGCAGGCCAGGCUGCAGACAGUCACUCGCGAGAAAGAUGAGCUGUUGCAGCUGGCCAUGGAGAGAGGCCGGGUGCUUCAGAACAAGCAAGCAGAGAUCCGGCAGCUCGAGGAGAAGCUGGAGACAGCCGAAGUGGCCCGGAGGCAUGCCCUGGAGAGGUUCGAACAAGAGGCAGUGGCCGUGGACAGUAACUUGAGAGUCCGAGAACUUCAGCGCAGGGUCGACGGGAUCCAGAAGGCCUAUGAUGAACUCAGGCUGCAGUCUGAAGCCUUCAAAAAGCACAGCCUGGAUCUUUUAAGCAAGGAGAGAGAGCUCAAUGCCAAACUCCGCCAUCUCUUUCCAUAGGAAGCUUCUGUUUCCUAUUUCCUCUAAUUUAGAAUUUAACUUUGUGCCUUAGCAUUAUGACAAGAGUAAAGUUGGUUUUCCAUUUAUUAUACUUUUAAGCACAAAAGAGAAUUCAAAGAAAAGCUAUUUUACUGUGGUGAUGUGGUUGUUAACUGUUGUAAGGCUAGCACUAACUUUCAGCCCUACCACCUAAAAUACACACGGCAUACCAGGUGUCUUUCUGUGCCUUGGAAUUCCUCCUAAGUUUGCUAUCAUUAACUCCAUCUUCCCCAUAAUUUAUUCAUUCUCAAUCCCAGAUAUCUUCAGAUAGCCCGAGACUUUAAAUUAGCAGCUCCUGUGGACUUAAAUCUUAAAAGUGCAAGGAGAUGUACUAUUGUGAAAACAGUUUUGCAUAGUUCCCCCUUGUAGCUAGGCAGGUCUGUAGUCUCCCUUAGUUGAAAAUAGAAACUCUGUUUAAUAGCAUAGAGAGCUUGCAGAAGAAAGUGUCCAAUUUUGCAACUGACAAACAAUUGCUUGCUUCACCUGCUUUACAGCAGUAUCCUUUUGAUUUUUAUUUUACUUGUACUAGCUUGGAAAAACAAAGAUUGAAAUCAUUAAAUUUUUCACCAAAAUGGGCAAACUUUAUUACAGUCAUUCUAUAUGAGCAGUAAGAUUCAAAUAAGUGAAAUCAUCCAGUGUUUAUGUUUCCUGCAAGCUUAGAUCACAUUCCAUUUUCUUGCUUUUUUUUUUCCUUAAUAAAAACAGGAUUUAGUGGUGCAAGUAUGCAAGUAUCAGUAUGCAUAAUAUGCUAAUAGGCAAAAGGCCCCAAUUUAGGGUAACAAGUCAGAGCAGACCAGCUAUGAUACAUAAAGCAACACAUAGUGAUUGUUUUGUUUCUAUUAGCAUUAUUUCCUUGCAAUUACCUUUUCCUUUUUAAUUUUUUAAAACUUCCUUAUUUAAAAAAACAUCUAAAUGAAAUAUAUAUGUAUAAUUACAGCAUGGUUUGUAGGAAUACCUAAAUAUCUAGCUAUUUAAAAACAUUAUAGUUAUUACAUCUAUUUAUAGAAAGUUUUUAAAGAGGCAAUUAUAAAAAACACUUUAUGCUUCCUUAUUUCUGUAUUUUUAGUCAAUACAUAAACAUUAUAAAUAUCUCUCAAAAUAGAUUGUAAUUCUGUAUUUUUCUUACCCAUUUGGUGCCAAGGGUCCCAAGAGUUACCUAAUAAUUUGGAUGUAUUAACUAUACUUGGUAUCUUUUUGAUAAACAAUUUUUGAGGGUUACUCUACCUCGGGCAGUUUUUUAAACCUAUUUUCUCACAGUCCUAUUAAGAUUGUGGUAUUAAAUACAAAUUCCAAGAAACCAUGA